AUGAGCUUCCUCAGAUGGCUCAGGACUUCCAUUUCGCCUGCUGAGCCUUGUGCAACAGUGUCUCAGUACAGCAGUACGACUUCAACCCACUCACCCACGUCGGAUGCAAACACGAACGAUAUUAGCCCCGAUCAGUGUAGCGCGAAGCUCGACUUUUCCCAAAGCCUAGAUAAUCAAGCUGUUGCCGAUACAGAACAUCACAUAAGUGAAGACAAUGACGAUGAACAUACUACGGAGCCCAAGCGCGUCCAAAGUCCAAAUGCUCAACUUGUGGACAGAAAACAUAUAAUUCAGAAUAAUUCCAAUCGGCGUACCGCAAACAAGAGAUCAGUGCAAGAAAGGCUCAGAGGGACAUCUGAGCGAAAAGUUGCUAUCCGAAAUUACUUCUACAGCCGACCUGACUACUUCAAGAAACCCGCUUUCAAUUUGAACUUUGCUAAAUGCUUUAUUCUGGAACGCACAGAACGAGAAGUUUGUCAAGCCUUGAAUGCUGAGAUGAUCGCACGCCGCAUCAAGUAUGACGACCUGCGUUACCCUCGGAGGAUAAGUACAGAUCCUGAGCUUUUGUCCAGGGAUAUCAUGCUGGCUUUGGAGGUACUAAAGAGCAGUAGGACUAUCGAGACACCUCAAUGCACUUUAUCAUUCAUGAGACGAUUUGGUGUUAGUAUGAUGCCAUGUGGGUUGCUUGGCCGUUGUAAUGACGGGGAGGUCCGCACUACAUCAACCUUCUUCACAGAUGAGCCCUCGAGCCAGAGCACCCUCACUGUUACCAUGGAUGAGCCGGCUAUCGAUACCAACCAUAAACCGAUAGCCAUCAAGUCUUCUACCAGAAGCAAUAUCACCACCAUCGACUCAGAGAGUGAUGGAGAGAUCUUAACAAUUGUGAAACCGAUAUCACAGAAGCGUAAAUCUGUCAUCAAGGAGACUCCGGUAGGAGAGAAAGCGGGAAAGGGAUACGAAUUAAGAAGAAAACGAAUACUGGCGAGGAAUGAAAUCGAAAAAAGAGAUGUCAAUGAAAAUGAAAGUGGAAGUGAGAGUGAAAAUGAGAGUAUUAUUGUGGUUGAAAGUAGGAGAGUCAUCAAAACUAAAGAUGGCAGUGGGGAUGAGGAUGAGAUGGAGAGUGUUAUCAAGGUGGAGAAUGAGAGAGUCAUCAAGAUUGAGGACGACAGUGAAGGACAAAAGGAGAGGCCGAUCAAGAUUGAAGAUGACAGCGAGAGAGAGAAAGAAAUUUACAACAAAAUCGAAGGAGAGUAUGAUGAGUCCGAGUCCAGUGUGGAUGAGGAUCUGUAUAAAGCAAAGCUGGAACUCCUAAGCCAAGUCUCUAACGAAUUAAGCUUACUCAACAGUAAGAAGAGAAAGAAGCAAAGGAAGGAAGACAAAGACAAGUCUGGUAGCAAACGUGUCAAAAUGGAGUGA